CUGAUACGUCACGAGCCAUUAAAAAAACCAGAGUUCAAGGGUCUCCGGCAACCAUUUCCUUUCGCUUUCGUCGUUUUCUCGACGUGUCGUCCUCCGCUUCCUGUCCUGCCUCCUCCUCAUCCCAAAUUCAGCACGCCCGCCCGCCCGCUCGCCGGCAACCACCACCUCGCCGGCGACCUCCUCCCGCCUCCCGCCAUCCAACUUUACCCUCUUCGCCGGACCGCGCCGCGGGACACACCCCUCACGCCAAGCGAGGCACCGAGAGUUUUGCGCUCUCUUCCCCUUCGCUGGUGACCACCAACCGGACCUGCAGAUCGAUCUGGGCUUCCAUUGGUUUCUCCUUUGGUUGGUAAGGGAGCAAUAGCUUGCUUGCUUGGAUGGGUUGUGCCAAGAGUUAGGUCUGCCCUGGUCUGCCCUUUUUCUUCCUUUGCUUCGAGCAAUAGAGAUUCAAAUCUCUGUUUCUGGGAUGGGCGCUCAAAUUCGUCCGAUUUCGUGUGAUUUAUCGUCCUAUCCACGAAUACAGAGCUGGAAAAACGGGUCGGGAGGUCGAGGUCCGCUCUGGCCUCCGUUAUCCUGUUGUUAAGUUUGUAAUUUUAGGGUUUGGAGGGAAGCAAAGAUCUCAAGAGGGGUGAGAUUUGCUUGUAAUUUCAGUGAAUUUCUACAAGAAAAGAGUAGAAAAGGUAGUUUUGGAGGGCAGUUUGAGGGAUUUGUGAGCAGAGAGGUGGAAAUUGAGGUUGGUGGUGGCCUGAGGAUUCCACCAUGGUGGGGAAGGAACUAGUGGUGCAAAGGAAUGGCCCUGUGGACAUCCGCGAGAUUUCCGCCAAGGCCACGCUCAGGGAGGUGCGGCAGAGCGGGCACACCUACGUGGAGCUCCGUCGUGUCGGGAAGCGCGUCAUCUUCUUCUGCACCAUCUGCCUCACCGAGUGCUUCAGCGACAACGUGCUGUUCGACCAUCUCAAGGGGAACCUGCACUCACGGCGGUACGCUGAGGCCAAGGUCACGCUGUUUGGGCCGAUGCCGUGGCCGUUCAACGACGGCGUGCUCUUCUUCAACAACUCGCGCGAGAAGGAUCCGCUCUUGUUGGACUCGAGCUCGCAGAAUGCUAGAGAGCUGUCGCUUGUUCCGCAGCCUGAGUUGGCAAGGAAUGAUGCCGAGGUGACUUCGAGGUUGAGAGAUGGUUCAAGCUCCCGUAAUGGUGUGAAAGGUGCAGGCGCUAGUGCCAAAGGCCGUGCUAAUGGUAGAAUUGCUGCUGUCUCUGAAGAUAAUGUGCUGUCAAGAAGCAGUGGAACUGAUGGUCCUCUUGUUAUUCCUGGUGUAUUGCUAAAGGAUACUGUUUUGAACUUGCCUGUGCAUCUUUUGGGGUAUGGAAAUAUCGCAUAUAGGAUCUGUGAAGUUAGCCAGAGUUGCAAGAAGAUUAGCAAGAUCUGGUGUGCUUGGGUAGGACAAGAAGGCUCUGUGGGGUGGAACACUUAUGAGCAAUCUGGCUUUGCCAUAGUCAACUUCUCUUAUACAUCUGAUUUGGGUAGGAAGUGGUCUUGCGAUGAUCAGGACCUUCCUAUCUCUGCUGGAUCUUUCUUUGUAAUUGAUGAUGCUGGGCAUCGUGGAAAGCGAAGGAAGAAGUCAUUUUCUGAUCAAGAAGCAUCUUCAGAAGAGUCUAAUGGUCAGAGCAGCUCUCCACAUGGCAAUAGCCAAGCUAUUGUGGCUAGUUCCCCAACAGGUACCUCAAACAAUCUUCAAGUUGACCUCUUAUCCAGCAAGUCAAUGAGGAGAGAGUUGAGGAAGCAGAAGCGCAUUGCAGCUGAGAAAGUUUGUGAUAUUUGUGGGCGACCAAUGCUUCCUGGGAAGGAUGUUGCUACCUUGCUGAACUGCAAUACAGGAAACCUAGCUUGCAGCAGUAGAAAUUUGAGUGGGGCUUAUCAUUUAUUUCACACUUCCUGCCUUUUACACUGGACUAUUUUGUGCCAAUAUGAGAUGCUGACUGACCAAAUAGCAAGCAAGGGUAAGAGCAAUCGAGGAAGAAAGGCGAAAAAUGCACCUAAGAAGAGCAAAAUAACAACCAUCCUUUGCCCAGAAUGUCAGGGAACAGGAAUCCAUGUUGAGGGAGAUGAACUUGAAAAGCCAACUGUUUCUUUAUCUGAGAUGUUUCGCUUUAAGCUGAAAGCCAUUGAAGCUCAGAAAGCAUGGCUGAAGAGUCCAGAAGUGCUUGAGAACUGUUCCACUGGGCUUCAUUUCCCCGCUGAACAUGUGGAGAACUCUGAGGUAGCUUUAGAAGCACACACUCUGGAGGCGGCGGUGGCCGGCGCGCGGGCGGCGGCGGUGCACUUCUGGGCGGGCUGGUGCGAGGCGUCCAAGCAGAUGGAUGAGGUCUUCGCCCACCUCGCCGUCGACUUCCCCCACGCGGCCUUCCUCCGGGUUGAAGCUGAAGAACAACCUGAAAUAUCAGAGGCAUAUGGAGUGACAGCGGUGCCAUAUUUUGUUUUCUGCAAGGAAGGCAAAACUGUUGAUACUCUGGAGGGUGCAAAUCCAGCCAGCCUAGCCAAUAAGGUUGCAAAAAUAGCUGGGCUUGCCAGUGUUGCUGAGUCUGCUGUACCUGCUAGCCUUGGAGUUGCGGCUGGGCCUGCUGUACUUGAAAAGGUCCAAAAGACGGCGCAGCAAAAUGGAUCUUCUGCUGCUGAAAGCACUCACUCUGGCAGCAUGGAAGAUGCAUUGAAUAAGCAAUUGGAGCGGCUUGUCAAUUCCCAUCCUGUGUUUUUAUUUAUGAAGGGAACCCCUGAACAACCAAGGUGCGGUUUCAGCCGUAAAGUGGUUGACAUUUUGAAGCAGGAAGGAGUUGAGUUUGGAAGCUUUGACAUUCUUACAGACAAUGAUGUACGUGAAGGAAUGAAGAAGUUCUCCAACUGGCCAACUUUCCCUCAGCUUUACUGCAAAGGUGAGCUGCUUGGUGGAUGUGAUAUUGUUGUUGCUAUGCAUGACAGUGGUGAAUUGAAGGAUGUUUUCGAGGAGCACAAUAUUCCCCUCCAACCACAGGGAAGCAAACACGAAGAGGCAGUGAAAACUGAGUCUGCAACUGAAAAGGGUGGUGCAGUUUCUGAACCAAUCGGGCUUACUGAUGCUCAGAAAGCUCGCCUGCUAAGCCUUAUUAAUUCCAACCCAGUGAUGGUCUUUAUCAAAGGUUCGCCUGAGGAGCCUAAGUGUGGCUUCAGUGGGAAGUUGGUCCACAUUCUUAAGCAAGAGAACAUUCCUUUCUCUAGUUUUGACGUUCUUUCAGAUGAUGAGGUUAGACAGGGUCUAAAGGUUUUCUCAAACUGGCCUAGUUACCCUCAACUGUACAUAAAAGGUGAAUUGGUUGGCGGUUCAGACAUAGUGAUGGAGAUGCAUAAGAGUGGUGAGCUGAAGAAGGCUUUGUCUGAGAAAGGGGUUAUCCCAAAAGAAACUCUGGAGGACCGAUUGAAGGUCCUAAUUUCCUCAGCCCCGGUGAUGCUUUUCAUGAAGGGCACCCCAGACGCUCCUCGUUGCGGCUUCAGUUCGAAAGUCGUGAAUGCACUGAAGAAGGAAGGGAUCAGCUUUGGGUCCUUUGACAUUUUAUCUGAUGAGGAAGUUAGACAAGGUUUGAAGACAUACUCCAACUGGCCUACUUUCCCUCAACUGUACUACAAGUCAGAGCUGAUAGGGGGCUGUGAUAUCAUUCUCGAGAUGGAGAAGAGUGGAGAGCUGAAGUCGACCCUUUCAGAGUAGAUGCUUUGUGUCUUGCUGGCGUUUCUAGCAUCUGGUCAGCAUCAAAGUGCUCUACGAUGACAUUUAUGCCGAUGUAUUCAUAGAUGCACGUUUGAAACUUAUCUGCACUGCCACAUUACUAGAAUUGUGACGUCUGCAGAAGGAAUAACUUGAAACACUUGAUCAGUACUGAAUGGUCUUAUAUAUUCACCAGUUUAUUUUGUGGUCCUGGCUCUGGCUGGAAGUUUUUUAUUCAGGUUUUGUCACAAUUAGUAGAUGAAUGGUGUAAAAUGUGUAUGGAAUGCUUGUGAUGUCUACCAAUCUGAUCAUUAUUCUUGAGAA